CGAGCUCCCAUCACCAGGAUGCUUAAUCAUGAAUCAUCGAAUGAGAACGCCUGCCUUGGAAAUUAAGCCUUGGUCAAAUCUGUUUACCAUCGGCCUUGAUGCUGAAGCUGGUUACGCGUUCUUGCCGGGCGGGUCGAAAGGCCAACGCAAGCUUCUUGCCGAUAGCUCAGUCCAAAUAUAAAACCCCGGCCUCACCAACAUCGAAGUCACGAUCUCUUGAAUCUUACCACAACCAUGUCAGCACCCAAGAAAAUGACCUACGUUCGUUUGGGCUCUUCUGGGCUCAAAGUAUCCAAGAUAAUCUUGGGAUGCAUGUCCUACGGCGACCCCAAAUGGAUGGGGACUUGGGUGUUGCCAGAGGAGGAGGCUGAGAAACACAUCAAGGCGGCAUACGAUGCUGGAAUCAAUACUUUCGAUACAGCCAACGUGUACUCGAACGGUCUCUCGGAAGAGAUUCUUGGACGCGCGAUCAAGAAAUAUAACCUCCCGCGUGAUGAAAUCGUUGUCAUGACCAAAUUGUUCAGUCCUGUUGGAAAGAAUGGAGAAAUGACCUUCACAAUCCCCGACCCUGAUGCCGCAGGAUUCGUGAACCAGCAUGGGCUGAGCCGAAAGCACAUCUUCGACUCGGUCAAAGCUAGUUUGAAGAGAUUGGGGCUCGACUAUAUCGAUCUCUUCCAAUGCCAUCGCUUUGACCCUCAAACACCGAUCGCGGAGACUUGUGAGCCCGUCGUUUCGUUCUUGAUCUUUUGUAUUCACUCCAAGCCAGUCCAAGCAAUGCAGAAUUACGCGAUUAACAACAAUCUGACGCCCUUUAUCUCGAUGCAGAACCACUAUUCGCUGCUCUACCGCGAGGAGGAACGUGAGAUGAUGCCCACUCUCAAGAAUGAGUCCCGCACUGUACACCAAUCAGCUGCGAAUCAGAACAUCGUCAAACGCGUCGAAGAGCUUGCCGCAAAGUACGAAUGCAGCAUGGCUCAAAUAGGGUUGCAUGGGUUUUUGAACAAAGAUCCGGUCUCGGCUCCCUAUCGGGACUACGUCGUUGAAGAAUCUGGAGGACAUCCUGGGUGCUGUAAAUCUCAACUGACCGCAUGAAGACGUUAAGUAUCUUGAGGAGCCUUAUUGCCGAUGUCUGUGCUUGGACACUAGUGAAUGGUAUUUGUUUGCGAUCUUCA